UCGAUUUCUGCCUAUUUUCUCUUUUGUCUCCCUCCUCCGCUCGUCCUCUCCUUGACGCGAUCCUCCGAAAGCGACAAAUCCGCCAGAAACCUUUUGAGUUGCACAGUUCCGUUCCUUCUUUUUUACGCCCACCAUGUCUUCGUACCUCGACAGGCAGGCCAACGCCUUCAAGGGGACACUCUCGGCAGCAGCAGCAAAGAUCUCCAACCCGUCCAGCAACAAAGCCUCGUCCCUCGCGCCCCCAUCUCUGACUCCUCUAUCACCUUCUCCCUCGGCCGCUUCCGACCCAAACACUCCCAGCUCCAAGCGAAAACGAGAUGCCGCGCCCGAGGUGCCCUACUCGCAGCCUCAGCUCACGGGCUACGGCGCAGAGGUCAAGACGCAGAUGACGUUUGCCGUCGAGUAUCUGAAGAAGAAGGGCGAUACAAAGUCCAUCACCGAGAUUAUUGAUCAUCUCAGUCUCCGCGGCUACGAUGAGGAGCACAAGCGCGAGCUGGCCGAGGGCCUGCGCGGCCAUCCCCGUGUCGACUGGAAGCCCGAUGCCAGCCUGAGCGAGCAGACCUGGAAGACUGGCACCUAUGCGCACCGACCCAUUAUCCCCAACGUCAAGGACGCAACCUCACUGCUUGGCCAUCUCCAGGCCAAGACGGACGCAUCAGGCGUGUCUGUCAAGGACCUCAAGGACGGCUGGCCCGAUUGCGAGGAUACACUCGCGAAGCUGGAGCAGCAGCACCGGAUCUUGGUGGUGCGCACGAAAAAGGACAACCUCCCACGCUACGUAUGGCCCAACGAUGCUUCGCUGCACCAUUCAGUCCAGCCCGAGUUCCAGGCCAUGUGGCAUCGUGUGCCCCUGCCCAGCAUCGACGAUAUGCACCGCAAGCUCGUCAGUGUUGGACAGAAGCCUACGAGCGAGGACCCGCACAAGGCGGCGCAGGGACAAGCGGCAAAGCCCAAGCAGCAGAAGCGCCGCGCGGGCAAGCGCAUCGGCAAGGCGACCAACGUGCACAUGGCGCAUCUCAUGCAAGAUUACAGCGGCAUGAGGAGGUAGACACGAUACGAGAGAGACGAUGUGUGUGGAUUGUGUUGAUGGUUCAUUCAUUCACGCGGCGUUGGACGGACUAUGGCGGCUUCUGGCGUUUGGUGUAGACGGGGUUUUUUAUUUUGGUCAACUAAAAGACAAAGGAAAGGUAUCAAUGGCAAAUUAAGCUAAGGGGGGGACAGUGAAGGGCACCUAGACAAAGAGAACCAAGGCAGAGCGCCAGUAUAGGUUUUGAUCAGCGAUAACUAACGGUUUAAUCCAGUAACUCCUACUUUUG